GUAUAUCAGUAUGUAGUGUCUCUACUUUAAAGAGUCCUCUCCUGCUGAUGUUCAGGUGUAUAUCAGUAUGUAGUGUCUCUACUUUAAAGAGUCCUCUCCUGCUGAUGUUCAGGUGUAUAUCAGUAUGUAGAGUCUCUACUUUAAAGAGUCCUCUCCUGCUGAUGUUCAGCUGUAUAUCAGUAUGUAGUGUCUCUAUUUUAAAGAGUGCUGUAUCACACAUCACAGGGGAGGGAACCACCAAAAAGCAGAAUAGGGCCUCUUUAAUAUUUCACAUUAAAAAGUGUGACCAGCUCACAUGAUGUUAAAGGGCUGGUGUGAACGCGCACCACACUAUGUUCUGAAAUACACUUGCAUAGCAAUGCGGCUUCUACCCUCGUCAUUUGUACAAAGGGUAACUGAGGAAGUGACAUCUGAAAUAGCACGAGAGACGCCAAAAUGAAACCUGAGAGCAGUAUAAUUUGAAAUGACUGUUCACGUCGAGGCUGAAAGUUGUGUUUACUUUUAACUGUGAAAUAUUUGAUGUAAGAAACUGCAGCUGCUGGUCCUUCAGUGAUCUGGAAGGAGCUCCUGUGAGAGGUACGUGUCAGAUAAUUGCACCCCUAAUAACUGUGUUGAACAUGGAGUUUAAUCUCACUUUAUAGAGAAUGGAUUACAUGCGUUCUUUAAAUACAGCAGGAUGAUAAAUGCACCUUUAUUUUGGGUUAAUUUUUUUCUUGCAAGACAUUGGUAAAGGAUACUGUCCUAUUGUCACAAAUUCAAGCCUUUAUUUUAGAUGUAUGCUUUUUUUUUAAAGGUGUUUGGAAUUAAAUUGUAGUCUAAAUGUGUGAUUAGAUCUUUUAUAAUUCAACAUCAAAAGAAAUGUAGUAAUCUCUUAGCAUUUCUGAUACUUUUGAAACACUAAUUAACCAAUUAAGGCUUAUUUGUAGAUUUAAAAUGUAAAGUCCUUUGAAACCUCUUUAAAAAAGGUGCUUUGAAUAAAAUAUAAGACGGAUUUUAAGCAAAAUGUUCCUCUUUCUGGAUCUGCCUGACAAUAGUUAGGGGUAUUCUGCAAAUAAAAACAACCUAAUGCAUGUAAAAAAAUGUAUUGCCUUUAUGACUUUUAAAAGGAGUUAGGGACAAACCUCAAGAUAAACUUUGCAAUGUCAGAAACAAGCUCACUUCCCACGUCUUAAGACUUUUAGAAAGAUUGAUGUAACCCUCUGAGACCCAUUAGGACCUUUCUGUUUUUGUAUAUUUGGUAUUUUCCCUUGUAAAUGAUCAUUUCUUACAGUGUAAUCAAGCUUUACACAUCCCAGGAAUCAGCAGAACUCAGGUAAUGUUGUGUGUCACUCACAAAGACUUCCAUACACUAUAAUAGGGGAUUUCUGCCCAUAAAACAAAUCAAAUCUGAAAACGCACAUUCAACAAAGAACGCUGCACACAUUUGUUGGGAUUGUGCCAGAAGUGAUAAGAAGAUUCUAACCUCUUCUUUUCAUGAGUUAGGCCCAAUCUUUUGGGCAGUGUCAUGUUUUGGUCUAAAAAUGAUGUACAUCAUGGCACUUCCUGUCCACAGGCACACACAGGGGCACCUAGCAUGCUUUGAACCAGAAUGGGGUAUUCAUGGGAGAAUUGUGUCUCACAGCACACCUUUCCCUGUUAGUAGUGGCUUACACCCGACCCUCUGAAUCAGACACUCCGAUUGGCUGUGAAGGCAUCCAAUCGGAGUGUCGAAUUCAGAAACGUGAGUCCUACACUCUGUACGUCACCAACAAAGAUGGCAGACGAGAACAUAGCGAUAAAACACACACAGAACGAUAAGCACUGCGCCAGGGAGAAGCUGACACGAUCCCCAUCUUUCAAACUUUUCGCCUCACAAUGACAAACUUGAUGUCGCCGUUUCUGCAGUUUAAGAGGAAACGUCUCUAGAUCAAACUGCUGAGAAGUUAUGACGCUUUGAAGAUGAUGUGAUAUUUGGGAUCGUGUACAAUCCAAAUGAGGAUCCUAUUUCUUGAGACUUUUUAAGAUGGGAACCUGGUGAGCGUUACCCCUCAGAUAAUAUCCUCCACAUGUCCGUCUCUCAUCCAUCACUCUGUGUCUCCUCAGACCAAAUGGAGAACAUUGCGUCCACUUUCCCUCUGGAUAACUCCUCCUUCUCCUCCAGCCUCCUCUCCCUCUGCCCCACCGCCGCCACCCUCUUCUUCCUCCCCUCUGCCUACGCCCUCCUCUUCCUCACCGCCCUCCCCGGGAACAUCCUCUCUCUGUGGGUGUUCCGCCGCUGCAUCUCCACCGUCUCCCCCACCCACGUCUACCUGUCCCACCUGAGCAUCUCCAACCUGAUCCUGUCGCUCACCACGCCCUUCCUCGCCGCUUACUACGCCUGGGGCUCUGUGUGGACGCUGAGCAGCACUUGGUGCCAGCUGGUUCUGCACGGCAUCACCCCGGUGCUGCACAUCAACAUCUACAUCAGCAUCAUGAUCCUCACCUGGUUGGCGCUGAGCCGCUUCGCCUCCCUCAUACAGCACACCCACGCCUCCAGACCCAACCGGUGCACCACCCUGCUGCCUCACAGCUUCUUCGCCCGCCUCAAGAGGACGUCCUUCGCCAGCAGGGUUUGCGCCGGCGUGUGGGGGCUCGCGGUGGGAUGCGUGGUGCCGGUGACCAUCAUUUACUCUGUGAAGGAAGCGGUGAGCACCAAAGCCGCCAGUAGAUGUGUGGAGGUGUGCUACAGCCCCGCGGUGGAGAUCGGAGGAAGUCUGUCUGCCAGUUUGACUGUUGUCGUCAUCACUCUGUUCUUCCUGUUCUACCUGCUGGUGCUGCUGUCCUACAUCAUGGUGCUGAGGCAUAUCGGGCGAUCGCGGCGCAGCACCAGCGUCGCUACGUCCCAGAGUCUGUUGGGGAGGGUGCUCCGAAACAUCGUGGUCAUACAGGUCGUUCUCUCAGUCUGUCUGCUGCCGUACCACAUCUACAAACCCAUCUUCAUCUCUCUGGCUAACGACCAGCGACAGCUGACGUAUUCACCGGGCCCCGACACCUGCAAACAGUGCCAUCCAUUCUCCACCCUCGUCGAGCUGAAGAACUGUCUGCUGCUUCUGACUGCUCUGAAAGGAUCCACAGAUCCUUUGAUGUACUUCCUGUUGGACAAGACCUUCCGUCAUCAAACCCUGAAACUCUUAAGAUGCAACCGGAGCAGAUCUGGAGGCACAAAGUCCAACUCCAUCCCGGAAAGCAACAACACCAAGGGAGGACAGAUGGAGGACGGGAACCUGGCCACAGCUACGCCGGAAAUAAGUCAAGGGAGUGUUUUGUGAAGUGUCAAUAAGCUAAAAGGAGUGAUGGUAGUCUUAGCAGUGAUGCUUUACAACGUAUAUACUUCUGGGUCCAGACUUCACAUCGCCUCACAUUUUGGAAGAUCUGUUACAAUCUUUUGUUUUUAGUUUCCUGUUUUAUUUUGUAUUUCCUCCUGGUUCCCGUGUUUCAUCAAGAUAUAUAUACUGUUGAAGAUAAAUAAUCGGAACUGUCAGGCAGAUGAACACUUUUGAAUAUGAUAUACAGAGCUAAAGCAAUGGAAUAUUUCAGUCCAGUGAUAACGUUUCUAUUUGUGAAUAUUUGAGGAACUCACCGUCAACCUUAGAAUAUCUAUGAAGGUUUCUCCUGUAGAACACAUGGGGAUUUUUACUGAAAUAUACCUAAUGUUGCCUGCAGCUGAAUAUGGAUGACAAUUGAUCCUAAUCAUGCAAAAAGAGUCUUACUGGAUUUACACAUAUUGAAAUGAACCUACAAGCAAUCAAUAACAAUAAGGGGAGUUACAUUGAGUUACAUUUUAAAGGGCAAUUCUUUGACUCAAAAAACACAAGUUUUUAAGGUGUUUUUAUCGACGUUGCAAACCUGGUUCAAACCGCCCCGGGGUAAAUCUAUGGAUGUCAUAUUCAAGUACACAAGGAGUUGUUUGUGGAGCAGCCGUCAAGUGCAGCAGGAGACUUUAAAUAUUUAAUAUCCAUGUGUCGUAAACCUUGUUCAGUAAUUGAGUCUGCAUUAUUGAAGAGGGAUUACAGAGUGUGUGUGAGGGGCUGCACCGGGAGUGUUUUACAGGAGGCUAUGUACUGUGAAGUGUGUGUGUGUCUGCAGAUCCUGAAGCAUCACACACAGCGAGCAUUAGGAAGAGGAGCCAGGAGAGAAGAGGAGGAGGAGGAGGAGGGGAGAAUAAUGAUGAGGGUUCUGCUUUAAUAUACAAUAGCUGCAGGUUUUAUUAAGAACAUUCACACCUUUUUCUUUUGCACGCAAUUAUAUCGUCUUGAAAUGACACAUGCAGACUUCCUCCAAUAAAUAAAUACACUUUCA